UUACUGCGAUAGAGCGCUGGCUUUACCCGAGAUUACAGGCUGGGCGAAGCUAACGAGGAAUCUGCGCACAGGUUAGCGCCAUGGAAAUGGGAAUUUAAAGUGUGACCGCUGACAGACGGAGGCAAGUCAGAAAUUAUCCCCGAGAUAACUCCAUAUACAAUCUCCUCUAAUGUUAAGCAGCUUUACCAGGCUUUCUGUGUGCAACUCCCGCGAAAUUAGUUUUCGAGAAAAAAGAUCUUUGAGUAACUUCAUUUUACAACCAUGACUUUCCGUAAACUCUGGGAAGUGUUUCUUGUAGAUAUAUUCGGUGCGAGAUUAUACUCUGCGAUGUUGUAUUACGUCAUCAUGUGGCUGUUAUCGGGCCUGACAUCGAUGGCUUCCGGUAACCACUGGUCCACCGAGUGUUCCAAGCUCUGUACAUGUUACUCCGUCAUGGACCCCCAGACGGGUUCUGUGAGGAAAAUCGUGGAUUGUUCUGAUGGAAGGUUCCCUGCAGAUUUACAUCUCAAUUUCCCCUCAGACACGGAUACCCUUAAUCUAUCAGGGAAUGGGCUAUCGUUGUCAGCUGUCCUAACAGUCGUUGACAACAUGGCCAGCAUACGUUGUCUAAAUCUCAGUGGUAAUGCAAUCGAGGGAAUGCGCGAGUUUAAACGCUUCCGGUCAUCCGUCAGUAUUCUGGAUAUGUCUAAGAACAGCAUCACUAGCCUCCUAGGGGACUGGCUCCUAAACAGAGAGUAUCUCAGCAGCCUGAAUAUCUCCCAUAACAAAAUCGAAUUCAUACACCCUGCUGCUUUCAGCUACAUGGGCAAACUUCAAUAUUUAGAUCUUUCCCACAAUGGAAUUUGGCAACUGCACAAGAAGUGGUUUCGCGACUUAUUGAAAUUGGAGAGGUUGGAUAUAUCUUACAAUUUCAUCACAUCUCUUUCCGCAAAAGUGUUCCAACAUUUGAACAGACUGGCUUCCCUAGAUUUGUCCCACAAUCGAAUCCGUACAAUUGACUUAGGGGCCUUUCAUGGUAUAUCCAACUUGAAGUAUCUUUAUCUCAAUGAAAAUGAAUUGAGCGGCGGUCUAUCGGAAAAAUUGGAAGGCUUUCAAAAACUUUCUGUGUUAGACUUAAGCAAAAAUAAUUUCCGGACACUGAACACCCACGCUUUUAUUAACGUGAAGACCCAACAACUUUUUCUGAGAGACGAGAAAUAUCUGAAAUACGUACAGCGAGAGUCCUUUAUGAACAUGCCUUUUCUGGAGAAGAUGGAGUUAAGUAACAACCCUAGUUUGGAGUACAUUGAUCACUGGGCUUUCUCAAACGUCCCACUGAUACAAAGUCUGCACCUAGAGAACAAUAAAUUACGGGCCAUCUCAAAUCAGACCGUCGGCCGUUUGGCAUCGGUACAGCGCCUCUUCAUCAAAGGCAAUCCAAUUGUGUGUGACUGUAAUAUACAUUGGCUACUACUAGAGCCUCGCCCCAGCCUGCAGGUGGUGGAUCUUAACGACACUGUGUGUCACGGCCCUACCCGUCUCACUGGCAGGCUGCUGUCUCAGUCCCUUCGCUGGUACGUCCCGUCCCUCUGUCAGCCGGAUAUCGUGUCUAGUUUUAGUCAGGUCUCAUCGUUUAGUUUCGGAGACAGUCUCAGGCUGGACUGUUACGCCUUGGGUAAUCCCCCACCGGACGUUUACUGGGUCUUUUCCAAGGACAUUAAUCCUGAAUUCUGCUCCUCAAACGACACAAAGAGAUUACAUCCUCUUCAAAGUGGGAGUACACUUACCAUUGAACCGCUGACAUUUCAGAAUUCUGGCCAGUAUAAAUGUGUGGCUCAAAAUUCCCAAGGAAGAACAGAGAAAUGUUUCACCAUUGACGUGGAAGGAAAUCAUGGAGAUAUUGUGAUUCUAGCCACAUCGGAAAGUACCAUCGUGUUCACGUGGAACGGCACUGAUUCCAGGCAUAAAUAUAAGCUUCUAUUUCGUGAAAAAUUAAGUAAUAUGAGCAAUGACUAUCAGGUCGUGGAGAUAAGCCCUGGCAUGAGAAAGUACAGUCUUAAUCAUCUUAAUGCCUCCAUUUGUUUUGAAAUCUGCAUCGCGCUAAUGACGGACAAGGCAGCUCUGGACCGGAAGUGUAAUACUGUGUCCACGAAUAGCCGGAAGUUGAGCCAUGACGGCAUCUACAGUGCGCGUUCAUUAGUAAUAGGCCUUUCCAUUGGCUGCUCAUUUGUUGUAAUCACUUGUGCAUGUCUUAUUAGGUUGUCCAUUAAAAAAUACAACAAAUCGCAAAAUAUCGGACGGUACAUGUUGCCGCAGUCCACAUCCCGACAGCGCAUCGUGUCUGACGCGCGGAGUUCGGUAGGAACUCCAACCACAUACGAAAAUAAAAUGUUAGAAUUGUCGGACGAAGAAUGUUUCAUUGAAGAAAGUGAGGCAUCUUUUCCCGCUGUAGUGACGUGAUAGUUAUGUGAAAAGAAACGUUUUUGUGACCUUAUCGUUUGUGACGUCAUGUGGAUAACGAUCGUGUGUGUUGACGAGACAACCGGAAGUUCUGUUACUGAGUGAUGGGAAACCAAAUUUUAUCAGCAUAAAGGUAAAUGUACCAUUCCCUCGCAUGACUGCCUGAACUGGUGGUAUAUUGGGCGGCGUUGUCUUGACAACAAGGGUUUCAGUAUUCACACUGUAUUUUGAUGUCUGUGACGUUAAAGAAAACGCAGUGGUGAAUUUAGCCGAUGAAUUGUUGUACACCUGAUGAAAACUGACGAAUGUGAUAGGGAAUGGCCUUUACACAUUCAGCAUAGCUCUCCCUUAAUGUAAAACAUGGUCGAAAUCCGGUAUAACAUGAUAAAAGGGUAUGAUUAAAAUGUUUAGACAAAACCAUAAAAUAUCUUCUGGUGCAACUUGUCUAAAAUGGUGUGUAUUUACCUGUAUAUUUUGGGGAAUAACAACGUGCACUGCCGUAGGGCUGUCUGUCAUAUUGACCCACGGUAUCCGUGGUUUGCUGUUGUCAGUGUUAGCUAUAUACAGGUGCUGUGUCCUUCACACGUUCUAUACCUGUAUUGGCAUAUCGGAAUCAAGUUGCCAUGGGUACGCAGUAUGCUUUUUUCUUCUAAACCAGAUCAUUUAUUUAUGCAAUGGUGCAGAUCAUGCACAAGUUCCUAUUAGUAUGUUAUUGGGGAUAGAGCGCUCAAUAUCUGGAGGUUAGGAUUUUCAUGCAAGUUUAAUUAGGCCUUGGGAGCGUGCAUUUCUUGUGUCGCGUUUUCCUGAGCGACUGGUUGUAUAUUUGAACCGCUCCGUCACGAAACACGAUGUCAAAGUGGGUAAAACAUUGGCUUAUGUAACGCCCAUUUGUAAUUUUUAAAAAUUUAUCUAUGUCUUAAUAUGUCUUAACGACACCUCCGAUGAACAUUAUUUAUUGUGAGUAAUGUAGCAUGGUGCAGAAAUCUUUAACUCAGACUCAUCAUACACUGCACUAUUUUCAUGCUUCAUCACUUGUCUUUGCUUUUUAUUAUAUGCUUGUUUAUUUUAAAAAUUGCUAUUGUCUUUGCUAUUGUAAUAUGCAUAAAAAUUUACUUUGCAAUAAACCCAAUAAGCCGAUUGGCGUGGUUAUCAU